AGGACGCGAGGCCGCAGGGAGCCGUGGUUGCUGCUCACCAUGGGUGAGAGACGCUUCAGCUUCCUGAAGAAAGUUGCCUUCCUGGGCCGGGGCCACCAGUACCAGGCACUGCAGGCGGACGAGGAGGAGACCUUGGUCGAGGGGCAGAGCGAGCUGAAAGCCAGAGGAGAGAAGGCGGUCUCGGCUCUGCCACCCACGGAAGCGUGCAAGUGCCACAAGGAGGCCCUGGCGCAAGCGUUUGCUGUAGACCUGGAUGCUGGCCUGUCCGAGGUCGCAGUGACACAGCGCAGGCUGGUACACGGCUGGAACGAGUUUGUCGCUGACAACGCAGAGCCUGUGUGGAAGAAAUACCUCGAUCAGUUCAAGAACCCCCUGAUCCUGCUGCUGCUGGGCUCGGCUGCGGUGAGUGUGCUCACGAAGCAGUACGAGGAUGCCAUCAGCAUCGCCAUGGCUGUGCUCAUCGUGGUCACUGUGGCCUUCAUCCAGGAGUACCGCUCGGAGAAGUCCCUGGAGGAGCUGACCAAGCUGGUCCCCCCCGAGUGCCACUGCAUGAGAGACGGGAAGCUUCAGCACCUGCUUGCGCGGGACCUGGUUCCUGGGGACGUCGUGUGCCUCUCCGCUGGAGACCGGAUCCCCGCAGACAUCCGACUCACCAAGGUCACAGACCUCCUAGUGGACGAGUCCAGUUUCACCGGCGAGGCGGAGCCGUGCAGCAAAACAGACAGCCCCUUGACAGGCAGCGGGGACCUCAGCACGCUGAGCAACAUCGUCUUCAUGGGGACCCUGGUGCAGGGCGGGAAGGGCCAGGGAGUCGUGAUUGGAACAGGAGAGAGGUCUCAGUUCGGAGAGGUGUUCAAGAUGAUGCAGGCAGAAGAGACACCUAAAACACCUUUGCAAAAGAGCAUGGACAGGCUGGGGAGGCAGCUGACUCUCUUCUCCUUUGGCAUCAUUGGCCUCAUCGCGCUCACCGGCUGGGUGCAGGGCAAGCCGCUGCUCAGCAUGUUCACCAUCGGGGUCAGCCUGGCUGUGGCAGCCAUUCCCGAGGGCCUGCCCAUCGUGGUCACGGUGACGCUGGUGCUGGGUGUGCUGCGGAUGGCCAAGAAGCGUGUCAUUGUGAAGAAACUACCCAUCGUGGAGACCCUGGGCUGCUGCAAUGUCAUCUGCUCUGAUAAGACGGGGACUCUCACAGCCAACGAGAUGACAGUGACCCAGCUGGUGACAUCAGACGGGCUCUGUGCGGAGGUCAGCGGAGUCGGCUAUAGCGGCAAAGGGACCGUGCACCUUCUCCCAACCAAAGAGGUCAUCAAGGAGUUCACCAAUGUCUCAGUGGGGAAGCUCGUGGAGGCGGGCUGCGUGGCCAACAAUGCUGUCCUCAGGGGGAACACGGUGAUGGGGCAGCCCACGGAGGGAGCCCUGCUCGCGCUGGCCAUGAAGAUGGACCUGGGCAGCAUCAAGGACACGUACGUGCAGCAGAGAGAGAUCCCAUUCAGCUCCACACAGAAGUGGAUGGCCGUGAGGUGCCGCCCAAGGAGCGAGGACCAGGGAGACAUUUACUUCAUGAAGGGCGCCUUUGAGGAGGUGAUCCACUCCUGCACCACGUACAACAACGGGGGCAUCGCCCUGCCUCUGACUCCCCAGCAGGAGGCGCUCUGCCUGCAGGAGGAGAAGAGGAUGGGCUCGCUCGGCCUUCGGGUGCUAGCGCUGGCCUCGGGGCCUGAGCUGGGGAAGCUGACGUUCCUGGGGCUCGUAGGCAUCAUCGACCCCCUGCGGGAGGGCGUGAAGGAAGCAGUCCACGUGCUCUCUGAGUCAGGGGUGUCAGUGAAGAUGAUAACGGGAGAUGCUCUGGAGACGGCCUUGGCCAUAGGAAGAGACAUCGGCCUGUGUGAUGGGAAGCUGAGGGCCAUGUCAGGGGAAGAAGUGGAGAGCACAGAGCCGGACACACUGGCGGGCCACAUCCAGGAGGUGUCUGUGUUCUUCCGGACCAGUCCCAAGCACAAGCUCAAGAUCAUCAAGGCACUGCAGGAGUCGGGGGCAAUCGUGGCCAUGACAGGGGAUGGUGUCAAUGACGCCGUGGCCCUGAAAGCCGCAGACAUCGGAAUUGCCAUGGGACAGACGGGCACAGACGUGAGCAAAGAGGCUGCCAGCAUGAUCCUGGUGGACGACGACUUCUCAGCCAUCAUGAGUGCAGUGGAAGAGGGGAAGGGAAUUUUCUACAACAUCAAGAACUUUGUGCGGUUCCAGCUGAGCACGAGCAUCUCUGCCCUGAGCCUCAUCACGCUGUCCACCGUGUGCAACCUGCCCAGCCCCCUUAACGCCAUGCAGAUCCUGUGGAUCAACAUCAUCAUGGACGGGCCGCCGGCACAGAGCUUGGGUGUGGAGCCUGUGGACAGGGACACCCUAGGGCAGCCCCCGCGGAGCAUGGAGGACACUAUCCUGAGCAGGGCCCUCCUCCUCAGGAUCCUCCUGUCCGCUGCCACCAUCAUCAGCGGGACCCUCUUUGUCUUCUGGAGGGAGGUCCCUGAGGACAGAGCCAGCACGCCACGGACCACCACCAUGACCUUCACAUGCUUCGUGUUCUUCGACCUCUUCAACGCCCUGACCUGCCGCUCUCAGACCAAGCUGAUACUGGAAAUCGGCUUCCUCAGGAACCGUAUGUUCUUCUACUCGGUCCUUGGGUCACUGCUGGGCCAGCUGGCUGUCAUCUACGUCCCCCCACUGCAGAAGGUCUUCCAGACAGAGAACCUGGGGGCCCUUGACCUGCUGUUCCUGACUGGCUUGGCCUCUUCCGUCUUCAUCUUAUCGGAACUUCUGAAGCUCUGUGAGAAACACUGCUCCUGCACUAGGGAAGCCCAGGAGCCAGCCGAGGGCCCCUGACAGCCCUGCGGUGUCUGUGGCCUGGGCAACCCCGGGGCUUCCUGGGCAA